AUGAAUUCUUUACAUGUCGAUGAUCUGAACUCAGGAGCUGACUCAAGUGACUCAGCCAUUAAUUUUUAUCAAAAAUGUCAAGAUCAAUUAAAAGAUGCUGGCUUUACUCUUAGAAAAUUCGAAUCGAACUGCAAACAACUUGAAAACCUAGUUAAUGAACAAAAUUUUACAUCCUUUAAUCUUACUAAAGUAUUAGGCUUAUUAUGGAAUAAAAAAGAAGACAACUUAAUCUUUGAUUUUAGACACUUGACACACAAUGAUGACUCGAUUCCAAUGAAACGUAAAGUUCUUCAGUUUAUUGCAAGCAUUUAUGACCCACUUGGUAUAAUUAAUCCAUUUAUAGUCAAGUGUAAAGUAUUCUUUCAAAAACUAUGUAUCAAAAAACUUGAUUGGGACAGGCCUCUUGAGGGAAAAAUGUUAUUGGUGUGGCAAGCCAUUAUCAAUGACAUUCAAUCUUCUAAACCCAUUAUCAUUCCUAGUGAUGCCAGUAAUAUAGCAUUUGGUUGUUGUAUAUACUUGUUGUGUUCCUUUGAUGAUGAGCACAAAAUAUGUUCACUUAUAACUGCUAAGUCUAGGAUUGCCCAAAUUAAAAAUACCUCUAUUCCCCGACUUGAAUUAAAGGCAGCCCUAUUAUUAGCUGAAACUAUGUCAACUGUUAAAAGAGAUUUAUACCCUGUACUUAAAUUUAAACAAAUAGUCUGUUGGUGUGAUUCUACUAUAGUAUUACAUUGGAUUAAUAAUAUUAAUAAAGUUAAGCAGCCAUUUUUACAAAAGAGACUUUUACAAAAACUUAGAAAAACAUUUGACAUUUCGCAUUGGCGAUAUAUUGAAACACACAACAACCCUGCUGACAUAAUAUCUAGAGGUACAAACUUAAAAACCUUAUCUAGUAAUAAAACAUGGUUAAACGGACCAGCACUUCUUUAUAAUGAUCCAAAGGACUGGCCAAAAUUUGAAUUAAGAAAUGUAAUUGAUAAAAUCGAAGAAAUUACUACUAAUUUAGUUUUAAAUGAACAUUAUUUAGACUUAAGUAUAAUUGACAUUACUCGAUUUAAUAACUAUUUGCGAUUAGCAAUAACUACUGAUAAAAAUUUUAAGCAACUGCAACUAGACCUAAACUUAAAAAAUAUAGAUGGAAUCAUACGAUGCAUUGGUCGACUACAAAAUGCACCAAUUACACACGACGCAAAAAACCAAAUAUUCCUACCUCGAAAUACAGAAUUUACAAACUUAGUUAUAUAUUAUAAUCAUUAUUUAGUUAUGCACAACGGCGUUAAAGAAACUUUAAACCAAAUUCGAACUCAAUUCUGGAUACCUAAAGCUCGAAACUACAUUAAAAAAUUGAUUAAAAAAUGUCUUAUUUGUAAACGCUUUGAAGGACUGCCUUAUUCAUAUCCUUCUCCCCCUCCUUUACCCUUAUGUCGUUUAAAUAAUGAUCAUGCAUUCAAAUUUACAGAUCUUGUUCCGGACACUUCUGCUGAAUCAUGCAUAAGAAGUUUACGGAGAUUUUUUGCGAAACGUGACACACCUUCCGAAAUCCUCUCAGACAACGGAUCACAAUUCACCUCCAAUCUUACUCAAAACUUUACUUCAUCUCUCGGUAUCACGUGGCAUUUCAACAUCCCCGCUGCUCCGUGGUGGGGAGGGUUCUUUGAACGACUAGUUGGAUCCACCAAACGCUGCCUUCGCAAAAUAACACAUAAAGAUCAGCUUUCAUACGAAGAACUGUUAACAUUUCUUGCUGAAGUAGAAUCAAUAUUGAACAAUCGACCAAUCACGUUUAUGUAUGAAUCACCAGGAGACUUACCACUUACACCCAAUCAUUUAAUAUAUGGAAGAUCAACUAACUUUAAAGCUAUUAACGACAAAACUUAUGAAUUAAACUUGAACACCCAAAGUACAUACAUAGAAGAUACAUUAAAUCAUUUUUGGCAAAGAUGGGAAAAAGAGUACCUAACCGAACUUAGAGAAUUCCACAAAUGUAAGAAAAAUAGAGGAACAAAUAAAAUAGCUGUCGGCGACGUUGUACUGAUUCCACGACUCAGACACCAGACGAGCUCUAAAAUGAACUAUGGGUUAACAUAUAAACAAGCACAGGAAUUAGCAUUUCAUUAUGCAAUGAAACUUUGUAAAUGUCCAAGUAAAUGGAUGGAAAAUAAACAAGCUGGUAUAGAGUGGUUGAAAGGCUUCAUGAAACGCCACCAAGAACUUUCACUUUGA